AUGGAGGGCUCCAAACUUUCAGAUUUGGGGAUAUUGGUGGCUUUCAGGCUAAUAACUGACAUAAUUUUUACUAUAUUAUUUUUUGGCUGUUUAAUUUAUGGAGUUAUCGUUGAUAAUACAAGUGAAAGCAUCACUUUAGUUACACUGUCAAUAAUACUACCCCCCCUUAUCUCAAUCGCAACAAUAUAUAUAACAGGAUUGUGUUCUAACAUAAUUCUAAACUAUAAAUCUGGAAUUGGCCUGAAAAUUGACUGUAGUUUAUUAAAAAAAUCGAUUAUCCCUAUAGAAGGGAAGAUUCAAUACUUCAGCCAUUUUAAUAUUGUGAUUAGAAGGAUUUAUGAGAUAUAUUACACCUUUAAAGUUUCCAUUGCAUCACUUUUACUUAAGAAAUCUUACCAAAUUUUGAUGCUAAUGUGGAAUGUUGCGAUGAUUUUGUUUUGGUAUCUGGUUAUACCAUAUUUGAAACGAACGGAUGUUGAAAAAAUGUGGUCUUUUACAGGAGUUCCCCGCUAUUUACAUACGUGUCAAUACGCCUUCAUUUCAGUGGCCUCAAUGGAAACAUAUUUUUGGAUCUUGAGCAAAGAUGAACUUGAGAACAUAUUCACGAUUAUAUUUGCGGUGGAUUUACUAUCUCUACCCCCCUUUUUAUUGUUACUAAGAGUCACGUUUUUUAAUGGACUAACAAUCGUACAAAUUUAUUGGUUAAUUGGAUUUAUUGGGAUAAUUAAAUUAAUGCUAAAAUUGAAUUUAUACUGGAGCAAUGAGUGGAUAACGACGUUUACCAACACAUGUAGAUUUGUUUUGAAUCUGUUCUUAAUGGCUUCAUCUUAUGCAGGUUUGCUCUACAUCUGCCAAGGAUUACCAUCGCAAUUGGAAGGGAAAGGCCGGUAUUUAUCAGCAUUUGAGGAGAUUUGCAACUUCUACUAUCUUUCAGUAGUAACAUUUUCAACGGUGGGAUAUGGUGAUUUGAAACCCUUGAAUAAAUACGCAAAAAUUGCGACUGUAGCAUUCAUUUCCUGGGUAUUCAUGCAUGUACCAGUGGAGAUUCAUCGCUUUGUAUCUAUAAUGAAUAAGGAUAAUACUUAUUAUGGUCCCUUACCUACUAGAUUCAGUAAAAACAGUUUCAUACUCAUAGUUGGAAACCUAUCACCCACUCAAUUGAACCUGUUUAUAUAUAGCAUGUUCACUGCAAAUUGCAAUAAGAAGCUGGUGGUACUCACAAAUAGAAUGAUCGAAUAUUUUAAAGAUUCCAUAAAAUUGGCCCAAAAGUUACACGUUAUUAUAUCAGUCGUCAAAGGAGAUGUUGGCAUUAUUUAUUCAAUGCAUGAUCUCACCGUACUUCACGUAGAAAAUGCCAGUUCCAUUGUUCUAAUCGAUGAAUUCAACAGUAACCAUAAUAUGGACUUAUCUACAAUUGGAAGGGCAAUUAGUUUGGUUAGAUACUCUUGCAAUCCUGAAAAAAUAUCCAUGCAAUUGUUCAAUGGUUCUUCGAAGGCAUUCUUAAAUAUACCAAUACAAACUGUUUGUCUUUAUAAGAUCAAGACAAUGCUCUUUUUGAAGUCUCUAACUUGCCCUGGAAUUAUCCCUCUGGUAUCCAUCUUAUCAUCUCCUUGCUUGACACAAAAAAUGGUGAUACAAUCCACUGGUGCCUUUGCCGAGCUCCCUAAAGCGUCGCAGGAGGAGUACAUGUCGGGAUUAAAAGGGAGAUUAUUUUCGAUAAAAAUUCCAUCUGGAAAGGUUGGAAUGUCUUUCUCUGAUGUUGUACUUCAGAUAAAUGGUUCAACCGACCUAAUAAUUAUUGGCGUUCAGAAUCGAAAAAAUCGAUACUUUAUACUUAAUCCACUAGACUACAAGAUAAAGGAUGAUGAUUAUAUCAUUGUGGCCGCCAGAUCUGAUGAUACAUUUAGUUUGGAAGGUGCCCAUCCUGAGGACUCAAAACUCGAUAUGGCUCCGAGAAAAACACUGCUAAAUAUCGAACUAAAUAGCGCGAUUAAUGAUACUAGUGCUUUGAAGGACAUCAAACAGUAUACACUGCCUGAAGAUGUGGAAGCCGAGUCCACUGUAGUUAACAUACAACCAACAGACGGUGAACGGAUAGGGUUUGAUUACCACAAAUUGAGAUCUUCAAAUGAAAUGACUGUUUCUAGUGUUGAAGAGGCAAUCAAUAGGUUUAAAAAUCCAAAAUUGCCACUACUUAUUACAUUUGGUGACAUAAGUAGGAUCGAUAACUUCCUACCUAUCCUAAAAUAUUCAGGGCGAUUCAAUGUCAUAUCCAUAUUCAAGCAACCACCGAACUAUGAUUGUCAUGAUUUUUUGGAUUUUUCAGAUUUUUUAUUCUUAAUCGACGCGGAUGCAUCGCUAGACUCCGUAUGGGACAAGAUUAACGUACAAAGAUCUUACCAUUAUAUCAUCAUCCCGCAGCAUGGAAACGAUUAUUACGAAAUUGAUAUGACCUCUAUCAUCAUCCAUCGCAGGUUACUCAAGAUUCUUUCUACUAAUGAAAUCAAAUCGUUAAGGGGAAACUCUGCUUCCCUAAAUUGGGUAAUACUUACUGAAAUCAAAAACCCUUUAAACUCUUUGCUCUUAUCAGAUUUCAAGUGGGAUGCUUUUGACAACUCUAUCUUGGCAGCUCCCCAAUUUUAUUCCUCUGAUUUUGCUAGGGGCAGUGUAUUUUUCAAUGAUCUACUGUACAACUUUAUAACGCACAAUUAUGAAAUUAAUUCCAAGUCGGUGUACCCUCAGGUAUUUUUACAUUUGUGCAAAUGUGCAAUAGCACCGGACCACUGGGAUGGAAUACAAUUGUUAUCUAUUAGUGAAAUAUCCAAAGAGGAGACUUAUCUCCCCUGUCCAACAUUCAACAUUUUAUACAAGCACCUAUUUAAAACAAAAAACCUAGUAUCCAUAGCCAUAUAUCGCAGGGGCGAAAACAUGUUUGAUCGAUACCUACUACCUGUUCCAUGCCCUAAGACUAAGAUUAAGGCAUCAGACCAAAUUUUUGUCCUGUCAAAUGGUAACCUUGUAUAUGUCUAA